UUGUCUCCAUAUUUUAUGCAACGUUCAUAACAUUUUAUAAAAACAACUAAUUUUAUCAAACCGAACAGAUAAAAUGUUUAAAAUUUAAAUUCAACAAAGUUAUAAAAGCCACACGUGUGGCGCAUACCCUGCGCAGAUAAGGUCUCCUUCCUUCGUCUUCCCACUCUCAAAUUCCAGAAAACAAAAUCCUAAAAGCUCAGAAAAAAAACUUCCAAAAAUGCCGGGGAAUUUAGAACCGUUGGAUCUCGGAAUCCAAAUACCUUACCAUUUCAGAUGCCCAAUCUCAUUGGAGCUUAUGUCCGAUCCAGUAACCGUCUCAACCGGUCAGACUUACGACCGCACAAGCAUCGAGUCAUGGAUCGCCACCGGAAACACCAGUUGCCCCGUCACACGCCUCCCUCUCUCCGACUUCACUCUCAUCCCUAACCACACUCUCCGCCGUCUAAUCCAAGAAUGGUGCGUCGCCAACCGCUCCAGCGGCGUCGAACGGAUUCCCACGCCGAAACAGCCGGCGGAUCCGAUUUCCGUCCGGUCUCUCCUCAGCCAAGCUUCCGCAAUUUCGGGAGCUCACGUCUCUGUUCGCUCACGCGCCGCCGCGAUUCGCCGGCUGAGGGGGUUGGCUAGGGAUAGCGAGAAGAAUCGCGUUUUGAUCGCCGGUCAUAACGCGAGGGAGAUUCUCGUGAGGAUUUUGUUCGCUGACGUGGACGUUGGAGUCGAAACGUCGUCGUCGGAGGUUGUUUCCGAGUCGCUCGCGCUUUUGGUUAUGUUCCAUAUGACAGAGGGAGAGUGCGACUCUAUCUCCUCGGAUCCGGAUCGGGUCGGGUUUAUGACCCGGUUACUGUUCGAUUCAUCGAUUGAAAACCGGGUCAACGCCGCGGCGUUGGUAGAGAUGGUGUUGACCGGAUCCAAAUCUACGGAUCUGAAAAUGAUAAUCUCCGGGUCGGGUUCGGUAUUCGAAGGCGUGAUGGAUCUUUUAAGAAGUUCGGUUUCAUCGCGGCGAGCUUUGAAGAUCGGAAUCAAAGCGCUUUUUGCUCUCUGCCUCGUGAAACAAACGCGCCACCUCGCGAUCUCCGCCGGAGCUCCGGGGACUUUAAUCGACCGUUUAGCGGCGGACUUCGAUAGGUGUGAUACGGAGAGGGGUUUAGCGACGGUGGAGCUUCUCUGCCGGCUUCCGGAAGGAUGCGCGGCGUUCGGAGAGCACGCUUUGACGGUGCCGCUUCUUGUGAAGACGAUUUUGAGAGUUUCGGAUAGAGCGACGGAGUAUGCGGCGGGAGCGUUGUUGGCUCUGUGCACGGCGGAGGAAAGGUGUAGAGACGAGGCUGCGGCGGCGGGAUUGGUGACGCAGUUGCUGCUUUUGGUGCAGAGUGAUUGUACGGAGAGAGCGAAGAGGAAAGCUCAGAUGCUUUUGAAGCUUCUCAGAGAUUCAUGGCCGGACGAUACCCUUGUGAACGACGACGAGUUCGGUCGUAGCGAAGUGGUGCCGUUUUGAUUUUUUUUUUAGUUUUCUUUUCAAACAAGUAAUUUAUUAUUUUUGUUAGAGAUUUAAAGUAGUCUUAAUCAUGUAAUUAAUUUUUAAAACAUUUUUUGUUUAUCAAAAGUUCCUUUUCUUCUUAGUUA